GUUCCAGGAUGUCCCAGAAGAUCAAGGCAGGGUCGGUGGUGGAGAUGCAGGGGGAUGAGAUGACCAGAGUAAUCUGGGAGCUCAUUAAGGAGAAGCUCAUCUUCCCCUACCUGGAGAUGGACCUGCACAGGUGACUUAAACCUGCUGAUACACCUGGGACUGUAUUACAUUUACAUCAUUUAGCAGACACUCUUAUCCAGACCGACUUACAAAUUGGUGCAUUCAACUUAUGAUAGCCAGUGGGACAACCACCUGUUUUUUUUUUUUUUUUUUUCUGUUUUUUUUAUGGGGGGGUGGGGGAGGGGGGAGUAGAAGGAUUACUUUAUACUUCACAUUUUGCAAUGAAAAUGAGCACUUCUUAUUGGACAAGUUCAGGUAGUCCCUCCCAGUUUCGACACAUUUCCUAUACAUUAAAUAUAUAGAAAACAUAACAGAACUGGAAUGAAUAGAGCGGAGUCGUAUCAGUGUUCUGAAUCUACAUGAUAGACAAGCGUGUCUUUUCUAUUCAAUAUAUGUCUGUCUAAAGAUUCUGUAACAAUGCACCCUGAGGUGCAUGGGGAACUGGAGGUAGGGGUUUGUUAACGGGGGGUUGGGGGUGGUAUUGGCGUUAGAAGACUUGUCACACCAGACGAGCUUGUCAACACCAGCUUAAGCUCCUCUGUGAUUCAGGUUUUACCUGACUGUCGAUACUUGAAUCUCCAGAGAGAUGCCUAACUUGCACUUGAAUUGGUGGGUAGGGUUCACUAGGUUGUCAUGUAAUGCCCAGAGUUUUUCCUGCUUAAGUCACAUGUUCAGGAAAACCCCCUGACCCUAUAGGUUACAGGAAUACACACACGUGAUGUUGAAAUGCUGGCCAUAGCUGUGCACUACACUAACCCUUGACACUAGCACGAUAUCACCAAGGACAGGUGUGUUAGUUGUCAAUGCAUAUUAUUGUGCAACGGCUUCUUUAUUGUACUCUCAUGUUAUGCUGUGUUUGAUGUCUGUUCAGCACGUGUUUCCAGUGUUCGGUAGAAGAGAGAGGUGCUGCCCAGAUCUAAGGGACUUGCAUAAUAAUUGACCGUUUUUUGAAAAGACAAAUGCUUAUUCAAAUUCUGAGGACCAGUUUGUUCCUAGGUUUAGCUGUUUUUUUAAAGAGCAGUGUAUUACCCAAACCGCCAGACAAUCUGAUCACAUGACAUCAGCAGACUAGUUGAUCUAGAUGUGGCGUGGUUGAUAGAGUACAAACCAGAACGAAUGCUUUCCAAGAUGUACAACUCUGGUCUGUCAAAUUUUAACUGUUCUAGUCCUAUGCUCCAGUCCACUCCUCUUUUUACGCUAGACCUUCAGACUGUGGACUGAUAUUAAACACGCACACAACAUUGGCUGCAGCGCUGUGAUUAUCACAAUUGUACAUUCGUUUUUCAGUUCUGUCUUAAAACAGUUAGAAACUUUUGAAGUUUUUGAGAACUGCCAGUUAAAGGCAAAAUGCAUAAGGUCUGUGUUAAGAGCUUAGAAGUUCUUACUUCUUUCACAAUAUUUUCAGUAUUGAUGCAACAUGAUAUGUUGUAAUAGUUAUUCUAUAACCAACAGGACCACGUAGCCUUAGUCAUGGUGAAAAUACACACCUCCCAGUGUUCCAAACCCAUGACCUAACCUUGUCCCCAGGCUAUUGCGCACAGCACAUAAUAAGCCUGGUACAUCAAUCAUUCAAAGCUGGUCUUAGUGGGAGUGGCCAUUAGAAUUCUAUGGGAGUGACUUUAAUGAGUAAACUAUUUGUCAUUUAAUUUUAGCGAAUCACACGACUGAGGCGUGGCUCUGUGUGCUUGUGGUGUGCUAUUGUACGGGGGAGGGUUAGGGGGAAGGUGUUGUGGGAGAUGAUUGGUUGGUAGAAUAAGCUGAUGCCUAUGCGCCGGGAGUUUCUCCCGGGCUUUCUGUAUUGGCUAACAAAGGUAAAGUUUGACACGUUGGUCCACCAGACUCUUCGCGCAUUUGGGCGGAAGUGUCUGGGAACGAGAUUACCCAUGACCUGACCUCUGUGGUCAUGUUUAUUACAAAUGUCCAGGGAUGUUUUUUUUUAUUUUCUCCAGUAAUUCAAAAAUGAAUCAAAUUAUUGGCAUCUAUGAAGUUGGUCAAGCGAGAAGGAUGGCUUGAGUUUUUUUUUUCUUGCAGGUUUGUGUUAUUCCUGCUGUUUCUGUGUCUGUAGGGCACCCUCAUUCGUUUUACAAGUCUUAGGAAUGCAUUUGGUGUGGUGGGGGAUGUGGGUUGAGAGGAUGGUUCAUCUUGGUCAACCACAGUGCACACCCCCCUCAGGAGGCGCAGCAGCUUAUCUCCAGCUCACACCAUUACACAAAGCCUGUAGUGCUGUAUCACACAGUCUCAGAUGUGCUGAUUUCCCAAUUACGUUGAGUUGCACAUCUAACCUGUGGUUGUCUGCAUCCUAAUAUCUCUGAUCUGACCUAUGUCUGUGGAGCAGCACAUUGUUGGAGUACUAGGCUAAGGGGAAGGGAGGGAGAAACUGGGUGAAAGGUUGUUAAACAAUACCCAGUUUCCGCAAGGAAAGGCCUACAAGGAAAUGUAUAGGUAUUUAUGCUUAGUCUUGUCUUUUUGGACAUAUGAGUGUAGUGCACACAUUUAGUUGUGAAUUUGUGGGGGGAUUUUCAAUUUAGUGUUAGUUAAAUCAAUAAACCAGUCUUGCUUCUUGCAUUGUUGUAGUUUGUGUAAGCAGACAACCCAGUCUCUCAUUAACUAUUGUACUGUAUGUAGAAAUAAUAAGUUGUUUAUAUGAACUAAUAGCACAAACUCUAAUAGCUCAAUGCCACCAGGAGUAGGGCGUCAGUUGUCACUAGCUACCACAGCCACAAAGUCAUAAACCGCACCUAUUUAUACAAUUUCUCUUCUUAAAAUCAAGUUUUAAACAACCUUAACCACACUACUAACCUUAUGCCUAACCUUAAAUUUAAGACCAAAAAGGCAAAUAUUUUACAAUCUAGCCAAUUUUGACUUUGUGCUUGCGGUAACUAGUGGAAAUCCAGAGCACCCCCAUCGCCUGCUAGGAUGUGUUGGGUCUUUCAGAGGAGAAAUUCAUUAGUUCAGUCACGCAGCAGCAGCCUGCGAAGACUGGCCUCUUUGUUCACAUGUUAGCAUCUUCUAUACUAUUUCUGGUUCAGCCUCUCACCAAGCUUACUCUAUGGUGACGACACUAUCUGAUUUACAUAAUUUCACACUGAUUGAAUGUUGCUCUGUUUGACACAAACACAUUCUACUUUUUGCAAGUGUUUAAUUCCUGCUGCCUUUGAAACAGGAAGGUUUUGUUGUUUGCUGUGUCCCGUGCUGCUUGCUACAGAGUGGCUCUGUGUUAGACCUGAUAGAGUAGGGGACUCCCUGAUCAGGUGGUUCAGUCAUCAGAGGUAGGCUUUGGAUUGGGAAUCCCCACUGACUUUAUUAUAGAAGGCUAAACGACAUCAAACAAAAACACACAGUAAAUGUAUCAGCAUUAAACAUGUUAGAAUCAGAAUAAAGCCAACUUUAAUACGAAGAAUAUGUCCCAAAGAUUGGUUUCACAGGCCCACACACUUUUCAUAGCAUUUGUCCUCCCAUGAACCCUAAAGGUAACAAUUCUCCUCCUUCCUCCCUGCCGCUCAUUUCCCCCCUCCCUGCGCCUCUCCCCUGCUACCCUCCCUGCCCUUUCCUCAGCUACGACCUGGGCAUGGAGAACCGCAACGCCACGGACGACAAGGUGACGGUUGAGGCGGCGGAGGCAACGCGACGCUACAAUGUGGGCAUUAAGUGUGCUACCAUCACGCCGGACGAAAACCGGAUGGAGGAGUUCAAGCUGAAGCAGAUGUGGCGCUCGCCCAACGGGACCAUCCGUAACAUCCUGGGAGGCACCGUGUUCAGGGAGCCCAUCAUCUGUAAGAACAUCCCCCGCCUGGUGCCCGGCUGGGUCAAACCCAUCAUCAUUGGCAGGCACGCCCACGGAGACCAGGUAACCUUUUACGAACCCUUCAGCAGUAGAACCCUUACUAACCAUUCAUCAAAACGUAUUUAUGCCCCCUUAAUGAUUGGCUCUCUAGGUUUCUCUCUAGGCCCUUCCUCCCUCACUUCCUUGAAUCUGAUUACCUCGAGAGAAAGGAUGGAUGCUAUGCUACGCCAUAGGUAAAUGAAGCAAUGUGUUAGUGGUACCCCGUCUCUUUUAACACGUUAAGGGUGAUAUUGUACAGUAUCAAGUUGAUCACAUGUUAACUUCAUGCAGACUAGAGAUGUGGUUGUUGGGCCUGCUCACAGAGAGACAGAUGGGCAGGUGGGGGUAAUGGUGUUGUCACUGAAGGCUCUGUCAGUCACUGAUUAAAUGGAUGCGUUGGCCUUUAGACCAUGUGUUGACACACUGGCUCCACAUCUCAAAGUGCUACGUCAUUCAUACUGUACUGCAGCUAGAGAACAAUCAAACCUCUACAUGGCACCAUGCCAUAGUCAAUACGCUUUAACUCCAAUUAGGUGGGAACUUGACCUUUUGGUUGGUUACUGUAUUUGAGAAUCACUUCACUGUAUGGCCUGGAUGAUUGAUAAGCAGGAUACAUGUUUUUUAUAUUAUAUUACAGUGCUAUUUCGGAUUGCUUUUUUGGUUGCAUCCACACUCCUGAUUGGUUGAAGCCACUCAGAACAAUGUUUCAUUUUGGACAGACAUAUCUGUAUUUCAGCUCUCUAACAGCAAUGUAACCUGUCAUCUAUUCCAAGAUUACAGGUUACUGUCAUCUACCCAGUGAACAGUAGUCCAGUGCCUUGUUGCCCCAGACAGGGAUUGCACUUCUGCUUUUCUCCACUAGAUAGAGCCCUUGUCUGUUACAUCUAUGACCUCUCUUCUCUCUCCCCCUUUGCAGUACAAGGCCACCGACUUUGUGGUACCUGGACCUGGGAGACUGGAGAUGAAAUUCACACCCAAGACUGGGGAGCCAAUGAACUUUGUCGUCCAUGAUUUUGAAGGUAAAACCACGUUUACUUGUCGAUGAAAAAUCAAUCUUAAAAUGUAAGGGAAAUAAUGUCCAGUAUAGAUUGUGUCCCGUAUAUAUAAUAUUGUGUUAGUCAAUAUUUUUUAAACAUUUUAGUCAUUUAGCAGACGCUCUUAUCCAGAGCGACUUACAGGAGCAAUUAGGGUUAAGUGCCUUGCUUAAGGGCACAUCGACAGAUUUUUCACCUAGUCAGCUCGGGGAUUAGAACCAGUGACCUUUCAGUUACUGGCACAACACUCUUACCAAAGCUACCUGCCGCCCCAUAUGACAUACACAGGCUGGCACCAUAGGCUAUCUUUAUAUAUGCUUGCAGUGUAAAUAUUACAAUACGAGAACGCCGUUAUCUGAUUUUAACUCUGAGUUAUAAAUCAGCCAUGUAUCUCCCUCUCCUGCACAUACUGUAGACAAACAUUGAACUUUGAUUAACUAGAGGGUGAGAUUAAGGUUCGCUCCAUCGCUCUGUUUGCACCUUCUCCAAAAAGGCUGUCUUAGUGUGUCUUGUGUGUUUAUGUGAGCGUGGACAGUAUCUUCAUGAGAUUGAUGCGUCUGUCUGUCUUCCAGGUUCAGGUGGAGUGGCUCUGGGGAUGUACAACACAGACAGCUCCAUCAGGGACUUUGCCCACAGCUCCUUCCAGAUGGGGCUGCAAAAAGCCUGGCCUCUGUACCUCAGCACCAAGAACACCAUCCUCAAGAAGUACGACGGACGCUUCAAAGAUAUCUUCCAGGAGAUCUACGAGAAGUAAGUCUGCCUGGCCUCAGACAACAUUUGAGUCGAGUAAAUCUUUAUUGUCCCUAUUGACAAUAUAUUUUUCAGCAUGUAGUCGAGACUCAUGAAACAUGAGUCACAUACAAAGUAUGGUUGAUGAUAAUGGGUCAAUGGCAGACAAGCCCCGCUGGUAGAGCUGGUAGAGCACGGCGCUUGUAACGCCAAGGUAGUGGGUUCGAUCCCCGGGACCACCAAUACACAACAAUGUAUGCACGCAUGACUGUAAGUCGCUUUGGAUAAAAGCGUCUGCUAAAUGGCUUAUUAUUAUUAUUAUUAUUAUUAUUACUAUGCAUAUUUUCAAUGUCUGACUCCUUUAGAAAAGACAGUAUGAGGUUUAGGUGUGUAAACCCUGUUCUCGUACCUGUUCCUGUGUGUCGAAGGCAGUACCGCUCUAAAUUUGAGCAGAAGGGGAUCUGGUAUGAGCAUCGUCUGAUUGAUGACAUGGUGGCUCAGGCCAUGAAGUCUGAUGGAGGAUUCAUCUGGGCCUGCAAGAACUACGACGGAGACGUCCAGUCUGACUCUGUAGCCCAAGGUAAGACCAGCUAGUUAAGUCCACUCCAGUCUAGUACAGUCGUACUCUGGAAUAUUCUAAGACACUGUAUCCCAAUAGAAAUUGAGUUAGACUUUUAGUUCCAGAACACUAAGGAGAAUGCUGCUUUUAUGUUGUCUUGGUAAUACUGGCUCUGAGUGUUGUUUACAUCCAGUUAGCUGUUAAGUACUUUGUGACAGAUGUAUUUAAUGUCUCUGUGUGUCCCCCAGGUUAUGGGUCCCUUGGUAUGAUGACCAGUGUGCUCAUCUGUCCUGACGGUCGUACGGUAGAGUCAGAGGCGGCCCACGGCACAGUUACGCGCCACUACAGACAGCACCAGCAGGGCAAGGAGACAUCCACCAACCCCAUCGGUAAAUUAGACACGAUACAAUAUAUGUUCUAUUUCAUUCUGUCUCUGACUGAUAAUGCCUGCUCUAAAAAACCUUUUAGCCUAGCUCUUUUCCCUUCUGUGUGUAGAUCUGAAUGUAGCAGGGGUGUAUUUAUUACGCCGAUUCUGUUGCAAAACAUUUUUUAAUCGAAACGUAACUGGGAGGGACCUACCUGAAUUUGUCCAAGAAAACAGUUUCUAUAUGUUUGGACUAAUGAUUACACCCCAGCUAAGAGAAACACAGGCAACACAAGGACCUAGGAAAAGAGCUCAAUGUUUUGAAAUGUCCUGUGUGUGUGCAGCGUCCAUCUUUGCUUGGUCGCGGGGGCUGCUGCACCGGGCGAAGCUGGAUGACAACGCAGAGCUGCGUGUGUUUGCCGAGGCCCUGGAGGUCAUCUGCGUCGAGACCAUCGAGGCUGGCUUUAUGACCAAGGAUCUGGCUAUCUGCAUCAAAGGCAUGGCGGAGUGAGUAUCACACAUACAGUUGAAGUCGGAAGUUUACAUACACUUAGAUUGGAGUCAUUAAAACUUGUUUUUCAACCACCCCACAAAUGUCUUGUUAACAAACUAUAGUUUUGACAAGUCGGUUAGGACAUCUACUUUGUGCAUGACACAAGUAAUUUUUCCAACAAUUGUUUACAGACAGAUUAUUUCACUUAAAAUUCACUGUAUCACAAUUCCAGUGGGUCAGAAGGUUACAUACACUAAGUUGACUGUGCCUUUUAAACAGCUUGGAAAAUUCCAGAAAAUGAUGUCAUGGCUUUAGAAGCUUCUGAUAGGCUAAUUGACAUCAUUUGAGUCAAUUGGAGGUGUACCUGUGGAUGUAUUUCAAGGCCUACCUUCAAACUCAGUGCCUCUUUGCUUGACAUCAUGGGAAAAUCAAAAGAAAUCAGCCAAGACCUCAGAAGAAAAAUUGUAGACCUCCACAAGUCUGGUUCAUCCUUGGGAGCAAUUUCCAAAUGCCUGAAGGUACCACAUUCAUCUGUACAAACAAUAGUAUGCAAGUAUAAACACCAUGGGACCACGCAGCCGUCAUACCGCUCAGGAAGGAGACGCGUUCUGUCUCCUAGAGAUGAACGUACUUUGGUGCGAAAGUGCAAAUCAAUCCCAGAACAACAGCAAAGGACCUUGUGAAGAUGCUGGAGGAAACGGGUACAAAAGUAUCUAUAUCCACAGUAAAACGAGUCCUAUAUUGACAUAACCUGAAAGGCCGCUCAGCAAGGAAAAAGCCACUGCUCCAAAACCGCCAUAAAAAAGCCAGACUACGGUGUGCAUCUGCACAUGGGGUCAAAGAUUGUACUUUUUGGAUGUCCUCUGGUCUGAUGAAACAAAAAUAUAACUGUUUGGCCAUAAUGACCAUCGUUAUGUUUGGAGGAAAAAGGGGGUUGCUUGCAAGCCGAAGAACACCAUCCCAACCGUGAAGCACGGGGAUGGCAGCAUCAAGCUGUGGGGGUGCUUUGCUGCAGGAGGGACUGGUGCACUUCAUAAAAUAGAUUUGCAUCAUGAGGAUGGAAAAUUAUGUGGAUAUAUUGAAGCAACAUCUCAAGACAUCAGUCAGGAAGUUAAAGCUUGGUCGCAAAUGGGUCUUCCAAAUGGACAAUGAACCCAAGCAUACUUCCAAAGUUGUGGCAAAAUGGCUUAAGGACAACAAAGUCAAGGUAUUGGAGUGGCCAUCACAAAGCCCUGACCUCAAUCCUAUAGAAAAUCUGUGGGCAGAACUGAAAAAGCGUUUGCGAUCAAAGUGGCCUACAAACCUGACUCAGUUACACCAGCUCUGUCAGGAGGAAUGGGCCAAAAUUCACCCAACUUAUUGUGGAAGGCUACCCGAAACGUUUGACCCAAGUUACACAAUUUAAAGGCAAUGCUACCAAAUACUAAUUGAGUGUAUGUACACUUCUGACCCACUGGGAAUGUGAUGAAAGAAAUAAAAGCUGAAAUAAAUCACUCUACUAUUAUUCUGACAUUUCACAUUCUUAAAAUAAAGUGGUGAUCCUAACUGACCUAAAACAGGGAAUUUUUACUAGGAUUAAAUGUCAGGAAUUGUGAAAAACUGAGGUUAAAUGUAUUUGGCUAAGGUGUAUGUAAACUUCCGACUUCAACUGUACGUACGUACGUGCAUGCAUACACAGUAAACCUGAUUAUGAAACUAGACUGACUCCAACUGUCUUUCUUUCUCUCCUCUCUUUCCUUCAUGUUACUCUUCUCCUCUCCUCCCUUUUUAGUACCAAACGCUCAGACUACCUGAACACCUUUGAGUUCCUGGAUAAACUGUCAGAGAACCUGAAGACCAAGAUGUUCAACCAACCC